UCUGACAAUGCCGCUAUUUUCUAAUAAUUGUUACCAAACCCAAAUACAUUAUUACCCUAAAAAAAACUAAAUAUAUGUGGUGAGAGCAGAGUGGUUAGCCAAAGAAUAAUAACACACAUAACAAACACAGUGGUUGUGUUUGCUGAAUAUUAAAGCAGAGGCAGAAAGAACACCACAUUGCGCCUCCCUGAGUUAUCUUUUCAAAGUUCCCUCCAAUUAGCUCAGAGAUAUGGAGAGCAUUCAAAGCAUCUUGACUCCAAAGCUGCUGAUAUUGUUCUUCACGACCUUGUUUUUGUGUUCUGAACUGACCCAUUGCAGCGUAACUUAUGAUAGAAAGGCCAUCAUCAUCAAUGGUCAAAGGAAAAUUCUCAUCUCUGGUUCCAUUCACUAUCCCAGAAGCACUCCACAAAUGUGGGAGAAUCUUAUUCAGAAGGCUAAAGAUGGAGGCCUAGAUGUCAUUGACACUUAUGUCUUCUGGAAUGUCCACGAACCAUCUCCUGGCAAGUACAACUUUGAAGGGAGAUACGAUUUGGUGCAGUUCAUUAAGACAGUGCAGAAGGUGGGGCUUUAUGUUCAUCUUCGCAUCGGGCCUUAUGUGUGCGCCGAGUGGAACUAUGGAGGAUUUCCUGUAUGGUUGAAGUAUGUUCCAGGCAUCAGCUUCAGAACAGACAAUGGGCCUUUCAAGGCGGCAAUGCGUGGCUUCACCCAGAAAAUUGUCCAGAUGAUGAAAAAUGAAAAGCUAUAUCAAUCUCAGGGGGGCCCAAUCAUUCUUUCUCAGAUUGAGAACGAGUAUGGACCAGAAAGCAGGGAGCUGGGAGCUGCUGGUCGUGCAUACGUAAAUUGGGCUGCAAAUAUGGCAGUUAAAUUGGAUACGGGUGUUCCAUGGGUGAUGUGCAAGGAAGAUGACGCCCCAGAUCCCGUGAUAAAUACGUGCAACGGUUUUUACUGUGAUUAUUUCUCUCCUAAUAAACCGUACAAGCCCACCCUGUGGACCGAGACUUGGAGUGGCUGGUUCACAGAAUUUGGUGGGCCAAGUCAUCAACGACCAGUUGAAGAUCUAGCAUUUGCAGUUGCUCGAUUCAUACAAAAGGGUGGCUCACUUGUCAAUUACUACAUGUAUCAUGGAGGAACUAAUUUUGGACGCUCUGCUGGAGGCCCGUUUAUCUCUACAAGUUAUGAUUAUGAUGCUCCAAUUGAUGAAUAUGGCUUGAUCAGGGAACCUAAAUAUAGUCAUUUAAAGGAGCUUCACCAAGCCAUCAAGCAAUGUGAACCUGCCUUGGUGUCUUCGGAUCCUACUACUACUUCACUAGGAACGUAUCAGCAGGCUCAUGUAUUCUCUUCAGGGACGGGAGCAUGUGCAGCUUUUCUGGCAAACUAUCAUUCCAAGUCUUCAGCUAGAGUGACAUUUAAUAACAAUCACUAUGAUUUGCCUCGUUGGUCUAUAAGCAUUCUCCCUGAUUGCAGAAAAGAAGUAUUUAACACGGCAAAUGUUAGAGUUCAAACAUCACAAGCGCAAAUGGUGCCUACGAAUUCAAAGUUGUUCUCAUGGGAGACCUAUGAUGAAGAUCUUUCUUCUCCGGCUGAAAUUUCAGGGAUUACAGCGGCCGGACUCUUGGAACAAAUAAACGUUACCAGAGAUACUAGCGACUAUCUAUGGUACAUUACUAGUGUGGACAUUAGCUCUUCCGAAUCAUUUCUUCGAGGAGGACAGAAACCCAGUAUCAUCGUUCAGUCGUCAGGCCAUGCCGUCCAUGUGUUCGUUAAUGGGCAAUUUUCAGGGUCUGCUUUUGGGACAAGGGAACAAACUAGUUGCAAAUUUAAUGGUCCGGUCAAUCUACGCCCUGGAACUAAUAAAAUCGCUCUUCUCAGCGUAGCUGUUGGAUUACCGAAUGUCGGUCUUCAUUUUGAAACAUGGAAGACAGGGAUCAAUGGCCCAGUUUUGAUUCAGGGUCUUGACAAGGGAACCAAAGAUUUAACUUGGCAACAAUGGUCUUACCAGAUUGGGCUUAAAGGAGAGGCUAUGAAUUUGGUAUCUCCUAAUGGGUUUUCAUCUGUUGACUGGGUACAAGAGUCACUAGCUGCCCAAAGCCAGCAGCAACUUAAAUGGCACAAGGUAUAUUUUGACGCACCGGAAGGAGAUGAAGCAUUGGCCUUGGACAUGGGCAGCAUGGGAAAGGGUCAAGUGUGGAUCAACGGUGAGAGCAUAGGAAGGUAUUGGUUGGCUUAUGCAAAAGGUGACUGCAACUCUUGCUCCUAUUCUGGCACUUUCCGGCCUGAUAAUUGCCAACUUGGUUGUGGAAAACCCACCCAACGAUGGUAUCACGUUCCCAGAUCCUGGUUAAAGCCAACCAACAACUUGAUAGUUAUUUUUGAAGAAUUAGGUGGGAAUCCUUGGAAAAUAUCUCUUGUAAAGCGAACCUUGAAUACACCUGCAGUUGCUGAACCCAAAUCAAAGAAUUGAGGGGGGGGGGGGAGCAUGAGCAAGCAGAAGUACAUUGCCUCCCUGUGAAAAUUCUUGGUUCAUUGUGAUUGAUUCGUUGUAAAGGAGUGGUUUUUAGCAUGCAGUGAAUUUAAGCCUGUUUGACUUGGCAGUUGUUAGCUAGCAGACUCAAUGCAAAAUAUGAAAUGGCCCCUAAAUAGCUGAAUCUGCGAUGUUGUAUGAGAUGGCUAAAUCUACAAGACCGCUUUGAGUUUUAUUCUUAGAAGAAUGAAGAGCAUUUGAUAGAGUUGCCAUCUCUGGGAGAAUGUUAUACUUUACUUUCAAUUAACAUUGUUAAGAAGAGUUCAUUCAUGCAAAUUCAUUAGGAUUCAGACUCUGAAAAACUGAGCGAUUGGUUGUUUGGC